AGCGCCAUGGAGUCGCGGGGGGAGCCGAACCGGAUGAGCCACGGGGACUCGAACCCAGCAGCCGUCCCGCACGCCGCCGAGGACAUCCAGGGGGACGACCGGUGGAUGUCGCAGCACAAUAGAUUUGUCUCGGACUGCAAAGACAAGGAGCCCGACGUGCUCUUCGUGGGUGACUCCAUGGUGCAGUUGCUGCAGCAGUAUGAGAUAUGGCGAGAGCUCUUCUCACCACUUCAUGCACUGAAUUUUGGGAUUGGUGGGGACACCACCGGCCACGUUCUAUGGAGACUGAAGAACGGUGAACUGGAGAACAUUAAACCGAAGGUCAUUGUUGUUUGGGUUGGAACAAAUAAUCACGAAAACACAGCAGAAGAAGUAGCGGGCGGCAUCGAGGCUAUCGUGCGCCUGAUAAAUACCCAGCAGCCACAGGCCAAAGUUAUUGUACUGGGCCUGCUACCUCGUGGAGAGAAGCCAAACCCUCUGCGGCAGAAGAACGCCAAGGUGAACCAUCUGCUAAAAGCCUCGCUCCCCAAGCUGCCCAACGUCCAGCUGCUGGAUGUAGACGCCGGCUUCGUGCACUCGGAUGGCACCAUCUCGUACCACGACAUGUUUGAUUUCCUGCACCUGACGGGAGGGGGCUACGCCAAGAUCUGCAAACCCCUCCACGAACUGAUCAUGCAGCUGCUGGAGGAGACCCCUGAGGAGAAACGAGCUGCUCUGGCCUGAUUAGCUGACGUCAGUGUUAACAUCCUCCAGCCCAUCAGAUCAGUUCUGUCACUGGCACUACAGAAUCCUUCUUUCUUAAAGCACUUUCCAUUGUAGAAUGUUACGGAUGCUCGUACCUAGUGUUUUGAGGGGGAAGGCUGAUGUUUAACUGGUCUUGUACAUACGAGGGCCGGCUUGGUUGGUUUUAUUGCAGGAGGAGAUUAGCUGGAGAAGAGUUUUACUUUUAAACCAUUCCUCAUUUAAAAUGAGAACAGGACUGUCACUCUGUGCCCCUCUCACGUAUUGUUGCUCUGUGGUUGUCCUAGAACCUUUUAGCCUGUCUCUGACAGCCCAUACACAGCUCCUGGCUCACCGUUCCUGGCUGUAGGGGUUGUGCUCUGUGUAUUAGCCUGUGAACACAAAUCGCUUUCCACUUGCUAAUAACAGAACAGGUGCAUUUUUUCAGUCUCAGUCCCACCUUUUAAGAAUAUUUUCUUUCUUUCCUUUUUUCUUUUUUUUUCCCGCUGGGGGGUUAAGCGACACGUGUUGCUUUCUCACUCCUUCUUUCUGAAGCAGCAUGUAACUGGAAUUCUGAAGUGUAACGAAACAAACUGAACGUGUCUGACACUCCCAGGUGCUUGUGCUCUGCCUGUUCCACCAUGCCGACCAGCUGGGGCACCCUUCAUUCCGUGUGGCUUUCCCCGUGGGCAGUCUCAUUCAGGUGCUGCUGGCUGUCCUGUUCUCUGCUCCUGUCUGUGUAUGGUGUUGCUGGCUUUUAGCAGUUGUUCAGUUUAGUGUUUUAAUUAUCCGGUUCAUAUCACACAAGGUAGUUACUUCCUCGCUACUCUAGAACUGACAUUUCAUUCCUUCGAGUUGCCUGUGCUACAGGGCUCUUGACAGUGCUGUUCAUCGUUCUUUUCUUUUUGUUUUGUUUUUUUUUUUUUUUUUUAAGUAUGACUGUUACAUCCUUUUUUUUUCUAAAGAAAACCCGUAUGAAUAACCCCUUUUUGCAAGGCCUAAAUCAGUCUGAAGCUUUACAGAUUCAAAGGUGUAUAUUUCUUUAUCGCUUCUGUUUUACUUGUAUAAACAUUUUAUUCAAGCAACUACAGCCUCUUACAGUAAAAAGCGAAGCCGAGGUGUAGCCUCUUCCUGCCCUGGACGCGGCUCACCUCCAGGCAAGGGAGCCAGUGCAGCGAGCGCCCUCUUCCAGGGCUGCAAGUAGGUGGGAUUUCUUUGUUGUUGUUCUGAGAGCUGGUUAUAGUCUGCUAGUGGUGGUAUGAAAACAGCCUUUCAUCUAAAAGUGAAAGCUUCUCUUUUUCAAAAAGAAACCGUUUUGGACCCUAAGCGCAGAGCCCUAGCCGAGCAGCUAAAUACACAUGCAAAUAAAGUAAUUUUAACUCCCGUCCGUUCUUCCUCGGCUUACCUGCCGGAGCGUGGCAGCGCCGUGCUGACACCGCAGCGAUUCGCGCUGCCGGAGCUGGCAGAGCUGCCCGCGCAGAUCCCUGCAGCUCCUCGGGUGUGAGAGCGAUCUGCAGCCAGACGCGCUCCUCCGGGCAGGUAACCGGGAGAGGAACCGACAGCUUUUACAGGGCACUCCGUGCUGUGUGCUUACUGAGGGGUGUUUAGGUGUCCAGGUUGCUUGCUGUGCCCUGCUGCAAUGAAAGUACAUAGGUACUGUAUAUAGUCUGUUUGCCCUUUUUUAUAAUAAAGGGUGCUGGUGUUUAAUGCCGUCUAUAAUCUAGCGUUAAGGAAUACUUUAUGUCCCCACUACAUUCCCCUCUUCCUGUAGAUUUGAUCAUAGCAGGAUUUCUGCCUGGAUUGCAUGCAUAGUGUGUGUUUUGUUUCCAGUAUAUGUGAUCUACACACAGAUGAAGGAAGGAUGAAGCUUUCCAAUUCCCCGAAAUAAAAGUAAAAAGUGUUGGAGUGCUGUAGUAGAAGAAGGAUGAUUGUCUCACCCCCACGAACCAGGCCAGGAAUGCGCUGUUCCCCAAGCCCCGCGCAGCCUAUGCACUCUGUAGCCCUGCUGCCUCGCAGGGCGGGCUUUAGGAUAAAGGUGUUCCCGCUUCUGAUUAGCUGCUUGCUGGAGAAGCUGGUGUAAGAAAAAGUGUGAAGUGUUGAAAAUCCAUUGCAGUGGAGGCUCCUUGGGGAAAGGAUUUAUUGUCCCCCCUCCACACACACACCCCGAGGGAGAAGGGAUAAAACGCCCUACCCCCCGGGAGCUUUUCAGCUUCCUAGGCUUUUAUAAAAAGGCAGUGUGAUAGUUUAAUCUAUGCACCCCUGCUCCCCUCCGUGCUGUCGCUGCGUUUGGUUAAAGAGACGCUAACCAGGAACGUGUCCUCCAAUAAAAAGCUCUAACUUCUCAACCAAGCACCCGUGCAACCGAGGCUGUGUCUGCUGUGAGUCAGCCGCUCUUGGCAGGGCGCUGAGUGGAAUGAGAGAGGUCGGGCAGGUUCGUGACUCCUCCGCAACGUGACUGAGGACAGCUCUGCUUAAGCUUGGCUUGCUAAGGUGCCACGCUCUGCUUGGUUCGGUGUUUGCAGCCCUCCUCGGCUACCUUAACCAUCACCGAUGGGUGCCGAUGCUGCACAAGGAAAGAAAGGACAGCUUUUUUUUCUGUGAGACUUCAGCUGUGCUUGGGGCUGUCUAGUAAGGAACUGUCCUGUGCAAAAUGGGGAUUUUUGUGCGAGGGCAAGCAGGGAUUCUGCCUCCUCACUGAGCAAACAUAAAAACCGAGUGCCUCACCAAAGGAAGCACAGAAGAGCUUCAGUUGCAGCUUUGGGCGACCGAUGUCCCUUGGGUUCGGGGCUGGGCCGGGCUGCCCCAGCCUGGCCAGCAUGAAUUAUUUCAUUGUUAAUGGUUGGCUGUGACAGAGCUGCCCCUCUGGGGCUUUUUCCUUUUGUAAACAAUCCAGUUGCAUUUUUCAGUUCUGUGCUGAAGCCUGGUAUCUUGUCUGUACAGUGGCCUGCGAGCACUGCCAGUUCCCUAUUUAUUGCAGCAAGGAGAAAAGAUGUGAAAGGACGGAAAGAGCGUCUGGGGACUUGUUGGGGAGGAGGGGGUGACGCUCCCGGCACAUGGUGGGGACCUCCGGGAGGCAGCGGCCUCCCCACCUGCUCGGAGGCGCUGCCCUGUGCCUGCUCACUGACUUGAACCUUCCCAGGAAGAAAUUGUGAUUCUGCUUUGGCAAAAAAAAAAAAAAAAAAAAAAGCAUCGACUGGUAGAAGUCACUCUGUCUAGUGCAUAUGUCAAUAUAAAUGUAAACGUUUCACCCCAA